CGUUCCUCUCCCGCCCGCGGGACGCGGCCGUGGGGCAGUUGCGGGGAAGGGGAGAGCCGAGGGCAGGGUGUCUCUCAGAGGCACCGGGCGUUUAGCGGCUGAGCCUGGGGCAUCGCAUCGCCGCUGCGCCCGGGAUGGAGCUGGGGCGGCUGGAGUACCUGCAGGCCCUCGUCACCGAGUUCCAGGUGACAGACAGCCCAGAGGCCAAGGAGCAGGUGCUGGCGAACCUGGCCAACUUCGCCUACGAUCCCAAAAACUACGAGUACCUCCGGCAGCUUCAGGUCCUGGAUCUGUUCCUUGAUGCGCUCACCGAAGACGACGAGACCCUCGUGGAGUUUGCGAUUGGAGGUCUUUGUAACCUGUGCCUGGAUAAAACAAACAAAGACUACAUCUUGGAGGCAAAUGGGGUAGAGCCCAUAAUCAACUGCCUCUCCAGCUCCAACGAGGAGACGGUCAUGUCGGCAGUCACGACACUGAUGUACCUGACAACACCACAGUCGUGCCAGCAGACCACGGCUCUGCCGGUGGUGGAGUGCAUGCUUCGCUUCUCGCUCUCGGCCAGCAGAAGGCUAAGCAAUCUGGCAACUGUCUUCCUGGAGGAUUACUGCACACCGCUGCAAGUGGAAGAGGCCAGGAAUCUAAGUAAACACACAGCGGUGGGGAUUCCUCUCCCCAAAGACUGAAGCUGUCAGAGCAGCACGGAGCUGUUGAGGGGGAGAUCCCACUCUGUUUUCCCAGGCCUCCGCUUUCUGCUCAGCAGGAGCCAGGAGUGUAUCGAGAACAACAUUAAAGAGGGAAAUUGGUCAUGUUAGCACUGGAUUUUAGUGAAUAAAGAGGAUGGUACCACACUACCAUGUAAGUCAGGUCAAGCACGCACCUAAAACUGCAAGCAAAUAUUUAAAAUAAAACAGGUCAUGGCGGUCGGAGAGCAGGCUGCCAAGUGCAGCCCAGCACCAAGCUUGCACAAGUAACCUGUCCCAGCAUAUGGGUUUUUUCUGCCUGGGUUACUGGGCAGCGUGUAUCCCCUCCAGUUCCUGGCUGGAUUUGCUGCAGCUCUCCUCUUCAGUGUCAACUCAAAUGACUUUGCAAUGUCACAUAAACUUUAUUCCUCCUGCAGAGGAAAGGUGGUGUUGCCCUGGCAGUUUGCAAUAUUACUGCGUCCCUUUGGCACUAAACGCGCCAUCCUGUUGUCGUGGCAGAGGCACCCGGCUAGUAAAUUGCUACACAGGGCAGGUCGUAGCUAUCUGAUAAAUCGGGACGUGGAAAGUUGUUUUUCUCUUGUUACCACUGGUGAAAAAGGUGAAUGUUAAAAGAAAGGCCUCAUGGCAGUCUGGCUCAUGAGAACAGCUGUCUUGUAAAACCUUCUCUUAAUAAAACAUUAACUUAAA